AUGCCGUUCUACAACACUCAACUGGGCUUUCUGUAUCGCCAGUUCCUGGUAUGCCCUCCCAAGGCGCCCUCCACUACCUCUCUGCGUGGCAAAGCCGGUCUGGUGACUGGCGCCAACACCGGGUUGGGCUACCAGGCGUCGGCGCAGAUGCUCGCGCUUGGUCUAUCCCAUCUGAUCUUGGCCGUCCGCAACACCUCCAAGGGUGAAGCUGCGCGGAAGACCCUUCUCGCCUCUCUGCCCGCAUCCGCAAAGCCUCCUGUAGUCGAAGUCUGGGAGCUGGACCUAGCCAGUUACGCCAGUGUGACAGCCUUUGUGGAGCGCCUACAAAAGUCCGAGAUUCUGAUCGAUUUUGCGCUGCUCAAUGCGGGGGUAGCCAAUUUUCACUACACCGUCAACGAGUCGACCUCCCACGAGUCGAGUAUCCAGAUCAACUGGCUAAGUACGGCACUCAUCACACUUCAGCUGCUCCCCCUGCUCGAUCGCCAGGCGGAGCAGCAUCUCGACCGGUCCCGUCCGGUAAUUUCCAUCGUCGGCAGCGAAACCGCCGCCUGGGCUACGUUCAAGGAGGCCCAGGUCGCGAGCACCGAGAAACGUUCCCUGCUUGACGUGCUGGAUGACAAGAAGCACUUCGACAUGGGCGACCGGUACUAUACCUCCAAGCUCCUGUACCAGCUCUUCUUCCUCGAGUUGUGGAAGCGCCGGUCCCCUGCCAAACGCUCUCAGGGUUCCAUUCUCAAUCUUGUCAACCCCGGUUUCUGCUAUGGCUCAGAGUUGCACCGCACGGCCGAGGGCGCCUUUGCGAAGGUCCUGGGCGGGAUGAAACGAGUCAUCGGUCGCUCCACAUCGAUGGGAGCCCGCACGAUGGUUCAUUCAUCUGUAUUGGCUGGGGACGCCUCCAAUGGCCGGUACUUGAGUGACUGCAAGCCCGCUCCCUUUGCGGGCUAUGGCGAUAGUGACGCGGGUCGGAUCACUCAGGGUCAAGUGUGGGAUCUGACAUUGUCGGAGUUGGGGCCGGUAAUGAACAUAGACCAGGUUCUAUCGGAGAUCUAG